AUGCUCUGCCUCGUCUCAUUUGCCAAUUGCACGCUGCAAAGCGGAAAGAGGCAGAUGAAGGAAAGAUACGUACCGCCAUCACCAUCUCCCGUCGAUGAGAGGCCAGGAACCCAUCGCGAACUCGACGGAGGUUUCCACGAUCCGCAACCUGCUCCAUCGGCUGGAAGUUUGGAACCUGGGGCCCUGGCAAGUCUGGCGCUUUCCUGCGCUCCAACAGGAAGGAUUCAAAGACAUCCGGGAAGGCACAACCGGGGAUUCCUUCACUUUCCUCAGUUGGGACCUACCGGAAUACCCGCUAACGCCCUUUGGGGAGCCACGAGUGGGGACAGCUUUUGCAGUAAGCCAUUUGGGCAGGAAAGAACGCUAGACAUGGGAGCUCUUUCCAAGGGCCAGGGGUCGCUCCCAGGAGAACUCACAAGGUACGUACUCGCCAAGAGUCCUGAACUCUUGGUCUCCUCUCCCACCAACCCGUCUCUCCCAAGGCUCCUCUUCAUCUUGAAUCCUUCCCAGCUCCAAGCCUCCAACAACAUCACCGUCGAAUGGGAACCUUUCCAACAUGAAGCCCGCAAUUUCCUGCCUGCGCAGAUCGCACUUCUCAUCACCCGCCGUCACUCGCCGUUAUCGUAUCGUAGCUUCUCCUCUCGUCAUCUCUUUUCCGGCUUGCGGCCUGUCCUCGUGUCAGACCUCUGUCCUCUCCCCCGGCCGUCACUGCCUCCGCAGCGCCUCUUGUUGAUCCCGGCGCAAUACUGGCUGGCGUCGUGCAAGUCUCGAGUAAACCAGCUCGAGGUCAGCCAAAUUUCCUCUUCAGCCUCUCGAGACUUGUUACAUCCCACUUGCACUCGACAUCGACUCACAAAUGUCUCGCCCUGCGCAAUACCGUUUACGCCCUCGAUUCGCCAUAAAAUAUUGGCACGAGGCGGCCUCUCGUGUCAAAAUGUCUCGAGGUUGCAUCGUCUCCUUUCUUUUCUCGAUACAUUGACAAUGUUGUCGUUCCCCGCUACCUCAUUUACUCCCGGUCAUUCGUCCCAAGAAUCACAACAGGCCCCUGCUUUGCUCAAAAGCAGCAUCUUGAAAGUUGAACAUCCAUCACUGAUCAAGGGCCCCCAAUCAAUAACCUUCGGCUCCCUCACCUCCUCGAACUGCCGGUUCCCCACACUGGGUUCCUUUCGAUUUGCUUCUCUUGACCCGAAGGCGCCGAGGCUUGGUUCAAGACCCAGUAUCAGAACUACGGAGUACAUCAACCUCGCACACCACAGACUACCGGUAACGUUUGCCACGUUCCGUUCAACAUGCCACGACUGUCACGGGCACGCCGAUCAAAUGCAAGUCAAAGGCACAGUCACAGGCAUGGAAUCAUGGCGGAGGCUGUUGGACGUUGAAUCUAGGCCCGCAUUACAAUCUGUAGUCGCACUCGCACGUUGCAGGCUGUGCCGCUGGCCCGCUCUGCAGCCCAAGGCUUCGCAGUACCAGGAAAACGGCCUUGCUCGCUUUUACACUAUCAAUAACCAUCAAGACGGGUGUCACCCCCUCACCCCGCGAGCAGAGACGUUCUCGACUUCGCAUACGCCUCCCGAUAGCACCGCGGAAUACGGGUGUCAUUGCCUGUUCGCAAGACUGAAAAACCCCCUCCCAUUCAUUCUCGAUGAGGUUGUCGGCCUUCAUCUUCUAGCUUAUCCGCUGCAGCUACAGAGUAUUGAUCAUACAUCUGCACAUCCAUUGGCGUCGACUUCUCCUCUUCGAUUCCACAAGCGACACAUUAAACUCCAAGAGUCAGUCGCAGAAAUUUUGGCGCCAUGCGCAGCUCCCGGACGUCCCAAAAGUGCGGAAUGCGGCUCGAUAUCCGAAUUCAUUUCUGGGCCACUCACGACGUGCCUCACGGCUUUGAUGACCCCCUUUCCCAACAAGGAGACCAAGACCGUGCAAACCAGAUUGCAUCCCCAGCCUAUACAGCCCUGCAAGUACACCACUCGGCAGGCUUGUAAGCCUCCGGCGCCGACGCAUUGGUUCGCGCCCCCUCCCAACAAUCUCAGCAAGGCUUUCCCCUCACGAACCGUCAAGGUCCCCGGUCUCCAGUUGAUGGCCGCCUUCUCGUCAGCAUCGGACCUUCGUCCGAUCCCGCGAUGUUCUGGUUCCGCCGCUGCCGUUCGCCAAGGAGACACCAAUCCUCUGAUCCUCAUUGCACCAACAGACGAGCAGGGUUCCGAAAAAGCAAUAUCUUGUUCGACUCUACGAGAGGCUUGCGCUAAUAGGUCAGUCGGCCAAUUCGGUUGGCUUGGUGUCAGCUCGGAUGUUUUGGAAUGCCCUCCCGGGGCGCCCAACUCUCAAGUCCCAACUCAAUUCAGGGCUCUGCUUCUCCAAAAACCAGGCACAGGGAACAAGCAUUCUGCAAAUGGCGCGAGCACCUCUAACGACAGCAAACAUUGCGGAGAAGCAAACACGCAGCUUCAAGUUAUCACGCAUUCUCUUCAUCCGGAUGUCUUCCCCGGUCUCGCUGCUCGCUGCAAUAUACUGUACGUCGUGGCUUUCCAUACCCAUGGCCACAAACCAAUACGCAGGAUCUACGGCGCUGCCCGGUGGGACGAACGCGAUGUCUCCUUGAGAAACGACGGUAUUGGGCACAAAGCCACAAGACUCGCUACGAAAUGGACCAAACUGCCGGUUGUUAGUCAACAAACCAUGGCCGAAGAGCAAUUUGUCUUGGUGCUAGUAGGCUUUGGAACAGGACACCGACCAUUCCCGCAGCCUCAUCAGCCGGGAGGACCCAUACCAACUUCAGUAACGUCUGGCCCCCGUUCUCAAAGUAAAGCGGAGCAUAUGCAGCUCUAUCACAGCCGUUUGGGAUUUAAUCUUCCGCACACGAAUGACAUGCGUCUCUAUGCAACAGCAGACCAGGCGACCGUCGAACACGGCGCAAAACUCAAUUCAGAGUUCCAGACUCACAAGUUGGCAAAAUCUAGAUCCCCCACAAAUGCGAGUCGAGAAUUCACUGCCGCCACGAAAAAGAAGAUGCCGCCGUUUAUUCAGAUAGGCUUGGGAAACGCUAGGAGGCACAAGAGGUUGCGUCAGCGAAACAUAUUCGCUCUCGCCCCAUCACUGUACACAGUAGUAUCAUCUCGCACCCGUGUCAUACAAGGCAGUCAAAAACUUUGCGCAAAAGAUGGAGAGUUCAUUUCCCUGAUCCAUCUCAUUUUCUUCUGCCAAAACAUCAUUUGGCCGGGAAUUUCUGACAUUGAUUCUACUUUUUGGGACGACUCUGCCACGUGGGCAACGCAAUCCGCAACACAUCGUCUUUUGGUUAUCCCAUGGGGAUCCGAACGCCGCGUGCAUCUGCGGGAUGGCAGACGUGUUCUGCCACAACCAAGAUUUCCCCUUGGUCUUUUACCUGAGCACUUAGCAGCCACGAACGCCGUCAGUGCGCGCGUUUGGCAUCUCAUUCCGUCACUGGCCCUGGUCCAUGGGGACCCCGCCUGGCGGCAAAUAUCCGGGGCCGGCGAGGUCGGCGUGUUGCACUGCAAUAUUACGACGGGCGUCCUUCGAAACAUCAGCGAAUAUCGGUUGGCUGUAAGCGAGCGAGGACGAGGGUGGAACAGCAUACAAGAUGACGAACCAUGGCCAGCACUUGGAGUCUACUGUUUAGAACAGCAGCGGGAGUGCUCCAAAAGCCUGAUUUUUGAAGGACGGGGCGGUGAUACCCGAAUUUCCGAAGACCAUGGAUCAAAUAUGGUCACCGGGAUGCAAAGUCUUGCGCCGGUGCUUGAUGCUCAAGAAAAGCGUUCGGUCUCAGGCUCUAUCCGUCCUACUGACUCAAACACGGCUGCGCGCGCUUAUUUGUUCUCGUCCAUCUCCAUCCAAAACGAUAAUGGCACAAAGCAAGAAGUUGCAGUUCCGUACAUGAGCUUAAUAAAGAAGACCGCGAAGAUGAAUUACAUGCCUGCCAAGCUGGCUUGGUCUCAGACUGAUGCUCUGGCUUACACGCCACGAGACUAA